CCGGAAGUAGGUUGUAGCGUGUAAGCGUGUUAGCUCCUCCGCGGCUACAACGGCGUGUUUGUGUGUUCGAAGCCGUCUCUGGGUGCAGUAAAGGAGGGUCAAAGUGUGAAAGAUGUCCGCGGAUCUGGAGCGGACUCCCCGGAACCUGCUGGUCUCGGAACGGUCCAGUUUCCUGGACCCGAAGAACCGGAUCAGCUCUCAGCUGGACCAGCUGCACUUCAACUACAAGGUGUGUGUGCUGCUACCUGAGUGUAGCUCCGCCCCCUCUCACCUGGACUCCGCCCUCAACACCUUCAGCUCCUUCUACCUGAUCAGGAAGCUGCCGCUCUACGAGCUGCUGGACACACACUUCCUGGAGACCGUACGCAACGGAGGAGUCUCUGGUCUGUCCUACAGGACCCGGCUGGAUGAAGAUAACUGCGUCGCUCUGAUGCCAAACGGCCGCCUGUCUCUCUCUCUGGAUAAAGACUCCUUUGAGUUGUUGGGAGUUGAAGGAAAACCGUCGAGAUUUAACCACCGAGCAAAGAGCCGAUUCGUGGUGUGUGUAGAUUUGACUGACAGCAUCUUCUUCUUCUGUGGUUUCAGUGAGAACUCGUCCAGCAGCUUCCUGUCCUCGCUGGUCUGUCCCGAGCCCAACGAGAUGCUGAGUCAUGCUCUGAGCGUCUCCGUCUGUGGACUGCUGAGGGUCAUCCGGAUGUCCAGAGCUCAUCCCGGGAUCGGAUGCGCCCGCAACGACGACGUCAUCACGCACUCUGGCGGCGAGCACAAAGACCCCCACACCAGACUCCCUUACAGGAAUACAUGA